AGAGUGGACAACGGGUGCUUUAUGGUGUACGACCGCCCAGACUUCAUGGGUAACCAGGUCUUCUUGAGGAGAGGGGAAUACUCAGAUUUUCAGCGCAUGGGGAGCAUGAUGGGCAUUAUGGGCAUGGCGGUGAUGGAUACCAUUCGCUCUUGUCGCAUGGUCCCCAUGCACAGGGGACAGUUCAGGAUAAGGAUCUACGAAAGGGAGAACCUUGAAGGCCAGAUGCAUGAGCUAAUGGACGACUGUGAGUCUCUUCAGGAUCGUUACCAUAUGUCUGACUGCCAGUCCUGCAAUGUGAUGGACGGCCACUGGCUGAUGUUUGAGCUGCCCAACUACAGAGGCCGGAUGCUGUACGUGAGGCCAGGAGAGUACCGGAACCUCAGAGAGAUGGGAAUGAGCAACGAGACGAGAAUCAGCUCCAUUAGACGCAUCAUGGAUAUAUGCUGA